CCGCAUGGCGGCAGGGGAGGAGGAAGCCCUGGAGGGGCUGGACGGAGCCACGCUGGAGGAGCUGAUGGAGAGCAGCUUCGUGGAAGAGCCGCCGGCGGAAAGGUUUCCAAAGAAAAUGAUUGGCUUCCCGGAUACUGUACUUCAAAGAGGUUUGAACAACAGAUACUGUGUUGUACAUGUCCAGGAUGACGAACGUGAGAAACGUCUGACAAUCAUUUCUUCCCUGCUUGACGAUUCAGAGAGAGAGCUGUGCAUCCUUCAGGAUGACUGGAUUUCUGUUCCAGUCCAGCCUGGUGAUAUAAUUCACUUAGAAGGAGAGUGUAAUUCUGGUAUCUGGAUAAUAAAUGCAGAUUCAGGAUACUUAAUUCUGUAUCCAGAUGUGUUACUUUCUGGCACAACUGUAUCAAAGAGCAUUCAGUGCAUGAGAAGAGCUAUACUGAGUGAAAAAUUCCGGAAAUGUGAACGUACUUCACGCGCAAUGCUGGUAGGCACAAUUUUGCAUGAAAUUUUCCAGAAAGUGGGAAUAAAUUUUACACAGGAAAAAGUGAAAGAAAUUGCUUUCUCAGCUGUUCAUGGACCAAAGUAUUUAAAAGAACUGUAUCAGUUAAAUCUGGAGCAAAAGGAUAUAAUGCAUGAGAUUGAGGAAUACUUCCCAUCUUUUAUUAAAUGGGCAGAGGUCUAUACAUACAAACACAGCCAAAAUAAUGUGCAGUUAAAACCGCUAGGAGCUAAGUCCUGUUAUAGUGUCAAAGUUACAGAAAUCCUGGAUGUUGAGGAGAAUAUCUGGUGCCCCAGGUUUGGCUUAAAGGGCAAGAUCGAUGUGACAGCUGGAGUAACCAUUCAUGAAAGAUCUAAAACUCAGACAAAAAUAAUACCACUGGAGCUUAAAAGUGGAAAAGAAUCUAACUCUGUAGAGCAUAGAAGUCAGGUUAUUUUGUAUUCCUUGCUGUGUCAAGAAAGGCGAGUUGAUCCUGAAGGUGGAUUUCUCUUAUAUUUGAAAACAGGCAAUAUGAUUCCUGUCGUAGGAAGUCGUAUGGAUAGGAGAGAACUGAUUAAAUUGAGAAAUCAGCUGGCCUUCUAUUUAAUCCACAACACAUAUAAAUCUAUAGGAAAAAAGCAAACACAGCUUGCCCCUCUACCUCCUUUGAUUAAUGAUAGCCAAGCAUGUAGCUAUUGCUCUCAGAAGCAGAACUGUAUACUUUAUAGUAGGGCUGUAGAACACCAGAAAGAUGUCUUAAUACCUCCAGAUGUGGUGGCUGCUACUGAAAAGGAGAUCUGUCAUUUAAAGCCUUCUCACUUGGAAUAUUUCCAUCUCUGGUAUCUAAUGCUAACUUUAGAGUCCCAGUAUAAAGAUGGGAAAAAAGGGCGUAAAAAUAUAUGGAUGCUGCCUGCUGCAGAAAGAGAAAAACAUGGGGACUGCAUUGGAAAUAUGAUCAGAAUAGAAAACGUAGUAGAAGUUUCGGAUGGACAGUAUCUGCAUUGGUUCCAGCGUAGAGACGAUUGUGUGCCAAUCACAACUUUGAUGGUUGGGGACAGAAUUGUUCUAAGUGAUGAAGACAACAAUUUGCUUGGCUUAUCUACUGGCUAUAUUCAGGAGGUUAAUAGAACCAAACUUUCCUGCUUAUUGGAUAGGAAUUUAUCUCAUCUCUCUGGGGAUACUGUAUAUAGAUUAGAUCAUGAGGAAGGAGCACUUGGCAUAGAAGCUCCUUUAGCAAAUCUUUCUAAAUUAAUGGAAAAUUCUCCUGUCAGUGAAAAGCUUCGUAGCUUAAUAAUAGAUUUCUGCAAGCCACAAUUUGUUCAAUACUUGAGUUCCGUCCUUCCUCCAGAAGCGAAGGACACGGUUGCAAACAUUCUGAAAGGCUUGAAUAAACCCCAGAAACAAGCAAUGAAACAAGUUCUCCUUUCGAAGGAUUACACCCUGAUUGUUGGUAUGCCUGGAACAGGAAAGACUACGACGAUUUGUGCUUUGGUUCGGAUUCUUUCUGCUUGUGGCUUCAGCGUUCUCUUAACCAGUUUUACCCAUACAGCAGUUGACAAUAUCCUUCUUAAGUUAGCCAAGUUCAAAGUAGGAUUUUUGAGGCUAGGAAGAGCUCAGAAGGUUCAUCCAGACAUAAAGAGGUUUACAGAAGAAGAGAUCUCCAGAUCAAAGUGCAUUAAAACUGUGGCUCAGUUGGAGGAACUAUACCAAAGUCAGCAAGUCAUUGCAACAACAUGCAUGGGAAUAAACCACCCAAUCUUCACCCGUAAACGUUUUGACUUCUGCAUAGUGGACGAGGCUUCUCAGAUUAGCCAGCCCAUCUGCCUUGGGCCUCUUUUCUAUUCACUUCGAUUUGUGCUGGUGGGAGACCAUCAGCAGUUGCCUCCACUUGUGCAAAAUCCAGAAGCCAGAGAACUUGGCAUGAGUGAAAGUUUAUUCAAAAGGCUAGAACAAAAUAAGAAUGCUGUUGUGCAUCUAACUGUCCAGUACCGAAUGAACAGUAAAAUUAUGUCAUUGAGCAACAAGCUGGUGUACGAUGGUAAACUGGAAUGUGGCUCUGAAAAGGUGUCCAAAGCUAUCAUUGACUUGCCUAACUUAAAAAAACUAAAAUUGGAAGAGUCUUUUUCAGAAACGUGGCUAAAAGAAACACUUGAUCCAAAUAAUCCCGUUUGUUUCCUUAACACAGAGAAGGUUGAAGCCCCAGAACAGACAGAAAAAGGUUGUAUAAGUAACAUGACUGAAGCCAGACUGGUGUUCUUCCUCACAUCCAUGUUUUUAAAGGCUGGUUGUAAGCCUUCAGAUAUUGGAGUCAUAUCUCCAUAUAGACAUCAAUUGAAGAUCAUUACCGAUUUGAUGGCAGGCUCGUACCUCACUGAUGUGGAAGUAAAUACUGUGGACAGAUACCAGGGGAGAGACAAGAGUAUAAUUAUAGUAUCCUUUGUAAGAAACAAUGUGGAUGGAAAUGUUGGAGAACUUCUGAAGGACUGGAGACGUCUUAAUGUUGCCAUUACAAGAGCUAAGCAUAAGUUGGUUAUGCUGGGCUGUGUACCGUCCCUUUGUCUCUAUCCUCCUCUAAAGAAAUUACUUCAUCAUCUGAAGAAUGAAGCUAUGAUUUUCAACAUUCCUUUAGGAGCAUGUGAACAUGUUUUACAUUGUAAACUCUUAUGACAAACAAACAAACACUGAGGAGAAAAUCUUCACUAUUAUGAAGCUGAUACACUGAAUUCUGCCAGAAGGUGCUAAACUGGAUUGUUCCAGCUUGUUUUACAUACUAAUGAUGCCUUAAAAAACUCUUUGGCAUUUUAAAAAUAGAUCUUAAAGCAUUAUCACAGUAUAUCUAUUUGUAUUUUUCCCAUUUUGAAAAACAAUAUGUAAUUAAGUAUUUUGAAUUCCUUUUAUUGAGAUUUUGUGCUCACAAGUUGUGAGUAGCUUUAGCUUUUUAUACAGAAAUGUUAAAGUAUGCAGGUUUCACUUCUCACUUCAGUUAAGCAUGAAUUAAUCUAACUCCUCCACUGUUAAAAUUGGUUUGUUUGUAGUAUAUCUUCCUCUAUGUCAUAACUAUUCAAGAAACCUUCUAGAUAUUGUUGUCUCAAAGCCUGAUCCCCACUUAAGAAUGAUCCCAGCCCUUGUUAAACAUUCAUUUUAAGAGAAAUAUUUAUUUGGCAUUGCAAUGAUGUAAUUUUAGGAAGGAUGUUUGAAAUGCUCGUUUCUAAUGUUAACAUAAUUUUGGGGGGGAAAUAGAACUGUGCACCUCUAGUUCAUUGCAUGUUCUAAUACCAUUUUAUUGAAGCAGUGUACGAAUUCAAUUUUAUGUGUAUGGAAAUAUAUCCUACACUAAAGCUACCUCUUGGACGAUAUAUUUAACUUUCCUUUGGAUUUGAUUGUUAUAUCAAGCUCCAAACUGCACUAAAAUCAAAUUCUUUUCUACGCGUAUUUUUGUAAUAUUUUUUACCUUGUGUAUUGAGUUCUUAAAUUCUCAUCUGUUU